CCGCCUCGCUUCCCGACUCCUCCAAGGACAUGGCCAAGUCCAAGAGCGAGGAGAACGAGGAAGAGGCCGAGAUGAAAGCCGUGGCCACCUCCUCGGACGGCAGGUUCCUCAAGUUCGACGUCGAGCUGGGCAGGGGCUCCUUCAAGACCGUCUACAAGGGUCUGGACACCGAGACUUGGCUGGAGGUGGCCUGGUGUGAGCUGCAGGACAGAAAACUUACGAAGGCAGAACGUCAAAGAUUUCGAGAGGAAGCGGAGAUGCUUAAAGGACUGCAGCACCCCAACAUUGUUCGGUUUUAUGACUUUUGGGAGACUACUCUGAAAGGAAAAAAAUGUAUUGUAUUAGUUACAGAAUUAAUGACCUCAGGAACUUUGAAAACAUAUUUAAAACGAUUUAAAGUGAUGAAACCAAAAGUUAUGCGAAGCUGGUGUCGACAGGUAUUGAAAGGACUCCACUUUCUGCACACACGAACUCCUCCAAUUAUUCACCGGGAUUUAAAAUGCGAUAAUAUUUUUAUUACUGGACCAACUGGAUCAGUCAAAAUAGGAGAUUUGGGCCUUGCAACUCUAAAGCGUGCCUCUUUUGCCAAAAGUGUGAUAGGUACCCCGGAAUUUAUGGCCCCAGAAAUGUAUGAAGAACACUAUGAUGAAUCUGUGGAUGUGUAUGCGUUUGGAAUGUGUAUGUUAGAAAUGGCUACAUCUGAAUAUCCUUACUCCGAAUGUCAGAAUGCUGCCCAGAUCUAUCGGAAAGUAACGAGUGGUGUGAAACCAGCAAGUUUUGGCAAGGUCACUGAUCCGGAAAUAAAAGAGAUCAUUGGAGAAUGCAUCUGCCAAAAUAAAGAGGAGAGAUAUGCUAUAAAGGAUUUAUUAAACCAUAUAUUCUUUGCGGAGGAUACUGGGGUGAGAGUUGAACUUGCUGAAGAAGACGAUGGCCAAAAAUCCUCGAUAGCUAUGAGACUCUGUGUUGAAGAUGCUAAAAAGCUGAAGGGAAAGCCCAAAGACAAUGGAGCUAUUGAGUUCAGCUUUGAUUUGCAUAAGGAUCAUCCUGAAGAUGUUGCACAAGAAAUGAUCGAUUCAGGCUUUUUUCAGGAAUGUGAUUCCAAAACGGUUGCAAAAUCGAUACGGGACCGGGUUGCUUUAAUUAAGUGGCGGAGGGAAAGAACGCAGCAGGCCAAUGAGAUUGAAGCUCAGCGAGAAAUGGAGGACUUAGAAAAACAGAAGAUUUCCGCACAGCAGCUUGGUGGUCCUCAGCCAAGCCAGCCCGUACCCUCGGAACCUGAAGAGCCUGAAGUUGACCAACAUGUACAUCCAAGCAUGCACAUUAGUGCCACUUCCGUUACAUCUGACAGCACACUCGAUAGUGGACUGGGGUCGGCACUUUACUCCGACUCUCAAGGCAGCCAGCAGAGUGCUGUGUACUCGUCCAUUCAUGAGCCAAUGCCCCUUGGAAUACACCAGAUCUAUAGCCCACCACAGAGUGAGAUUCAAACGCCUUCCAUCAGCUCCCAUCAUCUGUUGGGUCUCUACCAGCAGCCACCCACACCCAAUCCAAUGGUACAUGUCUCAUGUUCUGUGGUGCCCCAGCAAGUCCAUGAACUUGGGUCUCAGCAACAUUACCAGCAGCCUGUGCCCCUUGCUGCAGUGCAAAUAGUACAACCACAGCAGUUGGAUCCUUAUUUCUGCGCUACAACAUUCCAUUUUCAGCAGCCACUACCUGCAGGUCAGCCUCUUGUCCAGUCUGCUGUCCAUCCAUUGCCGCAGUAUCCGGUUCAACAGCCACAGGUGCCAGCACAGCCAUCCCAACCUCUCCUAGACCUCAAACCAUUACAGAUCUCUGCUGUACCACAUCAGCAGUUCAACCAAGCAACACCCACUCAGAUGAUUAUGCCACAGAUUCCUUUUCAAUAUUCGGCUGAAAUGGGAAUCCCACCUCAAGCACACCAGAUACCCAUCAUGCCAGCCCAGCCCCAAGUUUUGUCCCAGCCUCAAAUCUUGUCGCCUCCUCUGCAAAUCCAGGUCGAGACGACUCCAGUAGCUGGUACCUUCUAUGUCGAACGAGGUAUUCAAGUACAGCCCAGUUGUCUCCCACCUCUAGCUCAACAGCCCCAACUCGGACAGGACAAUAUUCCCCCUUCACUGAGCCAACACAGCAGAAUUACUCCUCCAGUUAUCCCCGGAACUACUGAUGUUUGUCAAGAUGUAUAUGACCAUCAUCAUCAGCAAGAUAAACUGUCUGCACCUUGUACUUAUGGUGAUGGAGUGUAUUCUGACGCUGCUUCAGGCAAGGAGAUGAGUGAUGGAUACGAAGGCAUUCACAGCAGUGGGAAACAGGAGAGCCGAAGUUCAAAAAAGCACCACAGGAGGUCAACUCGCACCCGCUCUCGUCAAGAGAAGACCAGCAAACCUAAGCUGACUAUUCUUAAUGUGUCCAAUAUUGGAGAUAAAAUGGUGGAAUGUCAGCUAGAAACACACAAUCACAAAAUGGUCACCUUCAAGUUUGAUUUGGACGGAGAUGCUCCUGAUGAAAUAGCAUGCUACAUGGUGGAGAAUGAUUUCAUCCUGGAAACUGAGAAGGAGAUCUUUAUCGAACAAAUGAAGGAUAUAAUUGACAAAGCAGAGGAUAUGCUUAGUGAAUAUACAGAGGGAGAAAGAGCCUCUGAACAGGGUAUAAACCUUCAACAAGCUGUUGUCAGGUCGAAUGCUGAACGUGAGGUUCAAGCUUUUCAGCAGUGCCAACAGAAUGUAUUGCAUACUGGCCGAAGGUGGUUUAUCAUAUGUCCAGUCGUGGAAAAUCUGGCAACGAAGAUGUCGGCAGAAGUUGCUUCAAUUUUACCACAGUCGGCUCCUGUUGUGGAAGGAGAAAAUGGAACUGAUGAACAGCAAGUAGACUCUGUGGCUGUACAGGUCUCGUCUGCUACAGUUAAAACUCAUGAUGGUCCCUCUGGCAACAAUGCUGUCCCUCCACAAUUGGCCAGACUGCCUUCUGUAGGGUCACCAGCAGAUUUUGCCGCUCCCCCAUCAAUGCUCCCUGGUCUAGCCACUCAUGCUCAAAUAGAAGACGAGAGUGGUUGUCGAGGGCAACCGAACAUUCAGCAAGUUCAAGACGGAUCAAAUGUUUCUGUUCAAAGUCCGCUUCCAGCGCAGGAAUACACUCCAAUCCUGUCUAAUGCAGUCGGCCCACAGCAAUCAGGACAAGAGCAAGUUGAUCAGCUUUACAGCCCUCCUUUGGUUGUGGAUGUGCCCUGCUCAGUUCAGCCUGCCCCUGUGCACUCAAUACCUAUUCAGAAAGAACUUUCAUUUCCUUCUCAACCUGCCGAGCCGAGUCCAAUUCACAGUGCGGUCUCGGAGCAUCAGCUUGUGCUGCAAGGAACUUAUGUGCCUGAUGGUGCUCCGCAGCCUGUUAUAAUGCAACAGCCUUUUGCAAACCAGAUGCAGUCCACAGUGGGCAUUUCUGGGACAGUCAACAGUACAGGUGGCUCGCAGCCCCAGAGUCCCGCACAAGUCGUUCCAGGUGCGCUCCAGCAACACCCAGCACAAAGCCAGUCUCAGUCCAUCACUAUGACCGGUGUGCUCGGCAGCCAGCAGCAGCUUUCCCUUAUGGUCGAGUCAGAUGGUGAAGGUCCGCGUAAGGUCGAGUUUGUAGACAACACAAUAAAGACCCUGGACGAGAAGCUGCGUACGUUAUUGUACCAAGAACACACAGGCACUACUCCUGUUCAUCCUGCUCCAGGGUCUUCUGAUGUUGCUUGUGCAGCAGAGCUGGGUGGUACAGAAUUGGUUUAUUCUGAUCCCCACGGUGAAGUCCUUAACGCAACACAUGCCAUGGCCGUUUCUGUGCAAGAUGUCAUGGAUAUAAGUUCGCCGAUGGAUUCAGGUUUACCAAUCGCUCCACUUUCCGCCAAGGAGUCACUGUCAAGCUUGCCCAUUGAGGCUGGCAUUGAGGCAGAAACGUCCAGUCAGGCUGUUCUUGGCAAAGUUCUGUACCGGCAGGUGUUGACACCAAUAUUAGCUGUGGACAGGGACUCUAUUUUGGCUUCAAAAAACAUGACAACCAUAGAGUGUGGAUCCACUGAUCUUGAUCAGAGUCAAACGUUGGGGACAAAUGAGGGUUUGGAUAGUUGUAUUGCACCAGGGAAUGGAGCACUGUCUGCAGGAACAUCGAUCUCUGACAAAGUCAGUGCAUCGGAUGCCAGUGGAGCAGGAUCAUCUGAUAAGAUAUUUGUCUCGUCUGCAAUGAGUCUGCGUCCUCUGGCAAUAAACCGAUUUCAGGUCUUUCCAACACCUCAAGAUAUUGUUAAACAAAUGGAGCAGUACGCAGCAAGCGAGUCCAAGCCUCGCGAAGCAGUAACAGAGACCACGUUAGUAAAUGGCGAAGGAGGUGCAGGUCAGGAAACCAUGACCAAUAAAUUACUGACCAUCACAAGAAUUAACACCAUUGGCCGGUUUUCAGUGAUCAGUACGCAAGACGAAGUGGCUUUAAAAUCCUUCAACAGAUACUCCGCACCUCCUGGGCUGUACCCAAGGCUUUCUCUUCCAAGCCCUGAAUUCAAGCCUUUGGUAACGAGAACACAGACCUCUGUUCCUGAGGAAUUUACACUUCACAGCCCACUUUCUUCUGACUCUGGUGAAGAAACAUUCAGUGCAAAAACCAGAGUCAUUCAGGCAUCGGUUGUUUGCAAUCAGGCGAGAACAGCAGAAGAGCUUUCUUUCACAAGGAAAUUGAGCAGUUUAUUAAAGAAAAUUGAUCGUGUUGAUGUGCAGAGCCCUGAGUCAGGAAAAGGCCAGGAUCUGGCUGCUCCGGCCAUAGUUAUUAAUUCCCAAUCUUCCUACCUGAGCAGUGACAAUGAUUCUGAGUUUGAGGACUCUGACAUGAAGAAGGAAUUGAAUACUCUACGAGACAAUCUCUUUCUCAGACACAUGAAGGAGAUCUCAGAACUUCAAGCUCAGCAAAGGUUUGAGAUCGAGGACUUGUACGAACGUCUGGGGAAACCAUUGCCAACAGCUUUGGGAUUCUUGCAAGCUGUGCCACCUACAGGCAGACGUCGGAGAGCCAGCAAGAACAAGCUAAAAACUAAUAAGCUUCUCAAUCCGCUCGUGCAGUCACUCAAGAAUGCAGCCAGCAAUACAAGUUUUCAAGCUAAUUCCAGCAUGGCUGCAGUUCAAGAUACCUCUAGCACUUGUGAUACAGGGGAACCUCUUCCCUCAUCUCAGGCUGUGCAAACCCAACAGCCGUGCUCAAUCAAGUCCUCCUUAUCAUCUGACAACAUUUAUUCCGGCUUCAUUAGUGAUGGUUCAGGCGGUACACGGGCAGGUGUUGGUCAAGGCUGGACGGUUUACCACCAAACGUCUGAGAGAGUGACCUAUAAAUCUAGUAGCAAACCUCGUACCAGAUUCCUCAGUGGACCUGUGUCUUUGUCCAUCUGGUCUACCCUGAAACGGCUAUGUCUCGGCAAGGAUCGCAGCAGGUCUUCAAGCUUGAGCGGCGCUCACCACUCUCUGCAUCAUCCGCAGCCCCAGCAAAGUCAGCCAACGCAGCAGCAAACGCAAACUCAAACUCAAGCCAACAAUAGUAAUAACAAGAAAGGAACGUUCACAGAUGACCUGCACAAGCUUGUGGACGACUGGACGAAAGAGACCGUCGGCGCUACACAAAUGAAACCAUCUUUGAACCAGUUGAAGCAGAACCAGCACAGACAAGACUUGGAGACGAGGCAAAACCCAUCCCAAGCUGACGCUUUGUGUGCGCCUGGAAAGAUGCGGAAAUUCUCAGCUCCAGUGACGUGCACGAUAUCUGCUCCGUUGGUACUUGGGAAAUCACCGACAAUCCCAGCGGGAAUGCCAGGAACUCCAAUCGCUGGUGCAAUCCCAGCAUACAGGCUGCCUCUGUGUCAGUAUAGCGGAGUCAUCCCAACACCUCCUUACGGUGUCCAGUGGCCAGGUGUGUCGCCUCCAACGUCACAGCCUGCUGGGGGUUUAAGCCAUCCAGGAAUGGGUCCUUUCCCAUCUCUUAGUAAAGGAGGUAUACAGAUGUUUCCUGUACCACUACAACAACCUAUUAUAAACCCAUCCGGGUCCAACGUGAGGACUACCUAGCUUUAUUUUGAAGGAUUUGAGAUAAAAUAAGUGGGGGGGGGGGGGAUUUAGAGAAGAUUUGCUUUUGUUCACAAAGGCAAGAUUAAAUGUACUUGAUUGCAGCUGAAUACAUUGGCACCCAGUGUGGGCUUGCUUGUGCACAUAGCCAUAAAUUUGAGCAAUGACUGAAAUAUUUUCACCAAGUUGCUGAAAGCUAGAUAGUUCUUGGGCGAUUUAGUUGCAUUUGUCUUCGCAAUUCAGACACUUUAUAUUUUGCUUUGUACAUUUAACACUAGUAACCUUAAGCUGAAUUAUAACUUUACUUGAACGGACACUUAGAAGGAGCCCUGCAGGAGUAUAGUGCCUUGAAUUAUGCUUUUCAGUUUCCGCUGGAAAGAAGUAUUUAAUUUUUUUUAAUUUCUGCUUUUGAUCUGUUUCAACUCUUGAUUUUAGUUUCAGUUGUGAAAAGCUUGAAGGUUUACAAAAGGUCUGGUUGUGUUCCUGGUAGUUUAGUUCUGUGCACAUGAACGAACAAACAAACGAUUCUCCAUUGCUUUCCUUGUCCUUUUGUCAUAUGAAAGUAACUGAGUUAUUGCUGCUAGAAAUAUCUCCCCUUGUCCAGAGGUUUAACGUACACGUACAAACACAUAAUUUAGCUGCUGCUCAAUCCACUUGCUUCUGUAGGGAUAAGUCCAAGUAAUUGUGAUUCCAAUUUUGUUUAUGGGAAGAAAAAAAAAUGUGACCUUUAUCUGCUAUGUUGAAGUACCUGCACAUAAAUGCAUUGAAGCUGUGCUAUUCUUUUAAAUAAGCGUUAAAUUAUGAAUUGCUGAUAUACCAACAGUAUUACACAACACAAAAAUCUGCUGUGACUUUUUGAUUUUCCAAACUAUACAACCACGAUUUAUUUAUACAUACGCGAUGAACUCGAAUUGGCUGAAAUGGAUAUUUAUCAGAAGAUCUGUUUGUAUAGAGUGGUAACAUUUUAAGUUGAUUCAUAACUUAUACAGCAUUAUAGAUUGCAUUAUUUUUGAAUAUGAUCAGUGUUGAUGGCACGGGGGGGGGGAAACAAAGGUUACUGGUGAUACUGUUUCGACUAUCUGUGCCUCACACAGUUUGAACAGAGAAGCGCUGAGGGAAACAAUAUUGGGGUCUCAAAAACAGGUAAGCAAGGUAGAUACGACACUUUAAAAAGUCUGUCUUGAAGGCAUCCUACACUACUUUCCUGCAAUAUUUUAUACGACAUGCUGAUGGGCAGAGAUGUCUUGUACUGCCAAGCUGUGAAAGAAUUGUAUAGUUACUGUACUUCUGAUUGUUAAUGUCUAAAUUAUUUUUUGUUUAUACCCCUUUAAUAUUCCAUCAAUUCGGUUAGAAUUGGAAUUUUAUAGUACAUUGUGCAGAAUCCUUCUGCCUCGGCAAAAUACUUACUGUAGUAAGAGAUUUCUGUUCUCUGUUAUCGUAUCUUGCAUUUAUUUGUUUUAUAUUCAUGUCUGUAUGCUUCAUGAGCAAAAAUGGAAAGUCGAACCUAAAAUCAUACACAUCCGAUGCUUGCACUAAAGAAAAAAAAUUGCUUUGCCUGUUAAAUAGUCUACUUUUUUUGUUUCACUGGCGUGGUCAGUCAGUGCACUCGAAUCACAGAGAUUGUACCUGUUUAAAGAUAUAAAUAAAACAUAUUUUGUGCUUGA